GCCAACCGGAGCGCGGCAUUUUCCGCGGGAGAUCCGAAUUUCGCGGCACGCCGUUUGGCGCUAAAAAAAAAAAAAAAAAAAAAAAAAAAAAGAAAAAAAAAGAGGCAGAGAAAAACUCAGGGACUAGAGAGCCGGCCGCAAGGAAGUCGGUGCAGUCGAGACCCCCUUCCCCGUCCCAGCGCAUCGCGUCUCCACCGAGCUCGCGGGCACGCCGGGGACUCCUCCCCAGAGCCGGCCGGACCCCAGGUGCCGAGGCCUUGGGGGGCGCGGGGCGUCCCGGGUCGCGGUGCCCUCGGGGCGGGACAGCCCCUGGCAGUGCCACCACCGCAACCGCCGGUCGAUCUCCAAGCGGCGAUCUCCAAGCGCUGCUCUGCUCGGCUGCGGGCCAGGAGGGGAGGGUCCGGCCUUGCCCCGCAGACGUCCAUUGGUGGCUUCCCCCGGCCUCCGCGCCAUGCCGCGGGCCGUGUGAGCGGCUGCAGCACCGGAACCCGCAGGUGUCCGCGGGCGCGCCAGGCCCGUUUGGGUAGGGGGCGCCUUACUCGCUAUGCUGCAAGGGCCCCGGGCCUUGGUUUCGGCCGCUGGGCAGCCCCCGAAGGUGGUGCCCGCGAUGAGCCCCACAGAGCUGUGGCCAUCCGGCCUCAGCAGCCCCCAGCUCUGCCCAGCUACUACCACCUACUACACGCCGCUGUACCCGCAGACGGCGCCUCCCGCAGUGGCGCCCGGCACCUGCCUCGACGCCACUCCCCACGGACCUGAGGGCCAAGUUGUUCGAUGCCUGCCGGCAGGCCGGCUGCCGGCCAAAAGGAAGCUGGAUCUGGAGGGGAUUGGGAGGCCCGCCGUCCCUGAGUUCCCAACCCCCAAGGGGAAGUGCAUCAGAGUGGAUGGCCUCCCCAGCCCCAAAACCCCCAAAUCCCCCGGGGAGAAGACUCGGUAUGACACCUCGCUGGGGCUGCUCACCAAGAAGUUCAUUUACCUCCUGAGCGAGUCAGAGGAUGGGGUCCUGGACCUGAACUGGGCCGCUGAGGUGCUGGACGUGCAGAAGCGGCGCAUCUAUGACAUCACCAACGUGCUGGAGGGCAUCCAGCUCAUCCGCAAGAAGGCCAAGAACAACAUCCAGUGGGUAGGCAGGGGAAUGUUUGAAGACCCCACCCGGCCUGGGAAGCAGCAACAGCUGGGGCAGGAGCUGAAGGAGCUGAUGAACAUCGAGGAGGCCUUGGACCAGCUCAUCCAGAGCUGCUCUCUGAGCUUCAAGCACCUGACUGAGGACAAGGCCAACAAGAGGCUGGCCUAUGUGACUUACCAGGAUAUCCGUGCUGUCGGCAACUUUAAGGAGCAGACAGUGAUUGCCGUCAAGGCCCCUCCGCAGACGAGACUGGAAGUGCCCGACAGGACUGAGGACAACCUGCAGAUAUAUCUCAAGAGCACCCAAGGGCCCAUCGAAGUCUACCUGUGCCCAGAGGAGGUGCAGGAGCCGGACAGUCCUUCCGAGGAGCCCCUCCCCUCUACCUCCACCCUCUGCCCCAGCCCUGACUCUGCCCAGCCCAGCAGCAGCACCGACCCUAGCAUCAUGGAGCCCACAGCAUCCUCAGUGCCAGCGCCAGCGCCAACCCCCCAGCAGGCCCCACCGCCUCCAUCCCUCGUCCCCUUGGAGGCUACUGACAGCAUGCUGGAGCUGCCGCACCCACUCCUGCAGCAGACUGAGGACCAGUUCCUGUCCCCGACCCUGGCGUGCAGCUCCCCUCUGAUCAGCUUCUCCCCGUCCUUGGACCAGGACGACUACCUGUGGGGCUUGGAGGCGGGUGAGGGCAUCAGCGACCUCUUCGACUCCUACGACCUCGGGGACCUGUUGAUUAAUUGAGUGGCCCCGCCUGCCCCCAGCAGCCUGCCCCUGACUCUACCUCCUCACAAACAGGCUGACAGGCCCUCUGCCUGCACAGGGACAUUGGACACUAGGUGCUGCCCUCAGGGAAUGGUGUCUCCUCGCCUUUCCCACCCCAGCCGGCAGAAGCUGUGUGGGGAGAUGUGAAUGGUACGGGUGAGGAGGGGAUAAGGGUGUGGGUCCUCACCUUCCUAAUGGAAGCUGGGCCUGGGGAGGCCCAUCCAGUCUUCUGACCUCUGACCUCUCACGAGAAGGCUGCAGGUGAGGUGGCCAAGUCCAGGGAAAGGCCCUGCUACCUCCUUUUGAGGGGUAAUUAGGACCCUCGACGUACCAAGAAGCACUUAAUGCCUUUGUAUUUAUUUCAGGUUGAGUGGUUGGUUUGUGCUCCCUGAGUUUUAGCAGGGAGGUUGUUCUAGUUUUUAGUGAGGCCUCUGCAGACAGGCCCAUCAGGGCCCAUCGCUGUCCACGUUCCAGCGCAGGUCUGGGUUUCCAAGGGAGGGACCCAGGCCACGUCCCUGGUUUCCCCACAGUGGUGGGGCUGGGUCUCUGAGGGGCUGUCCAGUCGGCCAGAACGCUAAUUGCACUUAGGCCUCACAAUUCUAGUAAAGGGCAGCUGUGGGCCCUUUCGCCUCUCCCCCUGUUCUUGGCCUCACAUCUCCAGCUGAGCUGCCAGUCUUGGCUUCCUGGUCACCUCUGUCCCAGAGAUGGUUCCAGGGAGCCAUCCUAAGGCAGGUAGCACUGUGGCUCCU